AUGUCCUUUUCAUACUUGAAUUCACCGGAGAUCAAUGUUGCAUCUGGGUCCAGUAUCAUGGGACUCGAGUCACCAAAUAUACCUUCAGAUUCAUCAUAUUCUCGCCAGGACGAUGAUAUGUACCUAUCAGAUUUGGGAUCUCCAGACCAAACGACUAUAAUGCAGAAACCUUUCAGUCUUUUAGCUCGAGCAGAAACAGAUAUUUCUACCCCCGUCAGGAAGGCACCUAGCGGCAUCGAAGAAAAGGAAGAUCCGUGUCAGGGUGAACAUGAAGCUCCUGCCGCCAACGACCAAGAGACUGCUGAGGAAAAAAGGAUGCAGGCUGCCAAGCAGCGGGAAGAGAAAUUGCAGAGCGAUAUCUUUAUCUUGAAGAAGUUAAAUGCUUCUUUUGAAUUAUUCAACGAGGCCCUACAGGAUACGGGCUCAGCGAAUGAGCGUGUGGCUGUCCAACUAGAACAAACCGACGCGCUCCUGAAUAAAUAUAUUGGCAUUCUAUCCAAAUCGGAAGAAUUUUCACGUCUCAUAUUUGACGAUCAAUGGGAAGGGGCAGAAGCAGACGAGGAAAGACUUGAGCAAGAAGUACAAGCAGAACAAGAAAGGAGACGUCGGGAGGCAGAAGAGGCCAAACUUGCAUUGGCAAGGUUAGAGCAACAAAGGUUGGACGACUUGAAAAGACAAGAAAAAGAACGCUUAGACCGUGAAAAGAGUGAACGGGCAAUUCGUGGCGGCAUUAGAGGCGUGCGAGGCACGCGUGUAUCGACACGCGGGACUCGUGGGGGAUCUACCUCAUCGCGUUCAGGUUCUUAA